UCCUCUGCCGCGCAUGCGCACUCUGAGCCAGACCUGACAACAAGCUAUCGGAUAUGAGCUCCUGAUGAUAUGGGAACUGCGCUGGCAUUUAAAUUCCUCGGAGAACCUAGAGUCAAAUGAACACGGCUCUGCAAACGUUUCAUUGUCAUUACGCGUAGACUAUAAUCGCAUUUCCGCAUUAUCACCAUGCCGAGCAAUAAGCUUGACAAAUCUGACAAGCAGGAGGUCAAUGAUAAUGUGAAGGUGGUGGUGAGAUGUCGUCCCCUCAACCAGAAAGAGAAGAUGAUGGGCAACAGACAGGCCGUCACGGUGGACGAGAUCCGUGGGACCAUCACAGUUAACAAACUGGAGACACCCCAGGAGCCUCCCAAGACCUUCACAUUCGACACUGUGUUUGGACCAGACAGCAAACAGCUGGACGUCUACAAUCUCACAGCCCGCCCCAUUGUUGACUCUGUGUUAGAGGGAUACAAUGGCACCAUUUUUGCAUAUGGGCAAACUGGCACAGGAAAAACAUUCACCAUGGAGGGUGUGAGAGCAGUGCCAGAGCUUAGAGGGAUAAUCCCAAACUCCUUCGCUCACAUUUUUGGUCAUAUUGCCAAGGCAGAGGGUGACACAAGGUUUUUGGUUCGUGUUUCCUACCUGGAGAUUUACAAUGAGGAAGUGCGGGACUUGUUGGGCAAGGACCAGAUGCAGAGGCUGGAGGUGAAAGAAAGACCAGAUGUUGGCGUGUAUAUCAAAGACCUUUCUGGUUAUGUUGUGAACAAUGCUGACGACAUGGACAGAAUUAUGACGCUGGGCCACAAAAACCGGUCUGUUGGUGCCACGAACAUGAAUGAACACAGCUCCCGCUCUCAUGCCAUUUUCACCAUCACCAUUGAAUGUAGUGAGAAAGGUGUGGACGGAAACCAGCAUGUACGCAUGGGAAAACUUCAUCUUGUUGAUCUUGCGGGUUCAGAGAGACAGGGCAAGACUGGAGCCACAGGUCAGCGUUUAAAGGAAGCGACAAAGAUCAACCUGUCUCUGUCCACUCUGGGUAAUGUCAUCUCUGCCUUGGUGGAUGGCAAGAGUACACACGUGCCCUACAGGAACUCUAAACUAACCCGUCUGCUGCAGGAUUCGCUCGGAGGGAACUCCAAGACCAUGAUGUGUGCAAAUAUAGGCCCUGCAGACUACAAUUACGAUGAGACCAUCAGCACCCUGCGCUACGCUAAUAGAGCUAAAAACAUCAAGAACAAAGCCAGGAUCAAUGAGGACCCUAAGGAUGCCCUAUUGCGGCAGUUUCAGAAGGAGAUUGAGGAGCUGAAGAAGAAAUUGGUGGAAGGUGAAGAGAUCUCUGGCUCCGAUUGCAGCGGAUCAGAAGAGAUGGAUGAAGGUGAUGAUGAAGGUGCGGAGGCAGGAGAGGGCCACAGGAGAAGAAGAGAAGAAAGAGGGAGGAAGAAGGUUUCCCCCGACAAGAUGGUGGAGAUGCAGGCAAAGAUUGAAGAGGAGAGAAAGGCCUUGGAGGCCAAGCUGGAUAUGGAAGAGGAGGAGAGGAACAAGGCAAGAGCAGAGCUAGAGAAGAGGGAGAAGGACCUUCUUAAAGCCCAGCAGGAACAUCACCUCCUGCUGGAGAAACUGUCAGCCUUAGAGAAGAAGGUGAUUGUAGGCGGGGUCGACCUCCUGGCCAAAGCCGAGGAGCAGGAGAAACUUUUGCAGGAGUCCAACAAUGAACUGGAAGAACGUCGCAGGAGAGCGGAGCAGCUGCGGAAGGAGCUGGAGGAGAAGGAGCAAGAACGUCUGGACAUAGAAGAGAAGUACACAAGCCUGCAGGAGGAAGCUCAAGGAAAGACAAAGAAGCUGAAGAAAGUAUGGACCAUGCUGAUGGCUGCCAAAUCAGAAAUGGCCGAUCUGCAGCAAGAGCAUCACAGAGAGAUCGAGGGCCUUCUGGAGAACAUCCGCCAGCUGAGCCGAGAGCUGCGGCUCCAGAUGCUCAUCAUAGACAACUUUAUUCCCCAGGAGUACCAGGAGAUGAUAGAGAAUUACGUGCACUGGAAUGAAGACAUUGGAGAAUGGCAGCUGAAAUGCGUGGCAUACACUGGCAACAACAUGAGAAAACAGACCCCUGCACCUGACAAAAAAGAAAAAGAUCCAUUUGAGGUGGAUCUGUCCCACGUGUAUCUGGCGUAUACAGAGGAGAGCAUGCGGCAGUCACUGAUGAAACUAGAGCGACCCAGAACCUCUAAAAGUGGCAAGAGUGGCCGUCCCAAGACGGGGCGAAGGAAAAGAUCUGCAAAGCCAGGCGCUGUGAUCGAAUCCCUUCUGCAGUGAAGACAGCAAAGAAAUGAGCUUUGUUUUACUGCAACUUCUAUGUUACUUUAGGGAAAGAAGUCAUGAGUCCAGUCUGAGGAAUUUAUUGUUGAACAUUAUUUAAAACAUUAUCUGGAAACACUGUAUAGCUGAUAAGGUUUUAAAUGUGAAUGAGCUGCACCUGUUAAGACCUCUUGGCCAAGAGGACCUGUUAUUAAGGAGGAAUUUACCAUGAAUAUAUCUCACUUGAAACAUUGUUAUGUGACCAACAGCCUGAAAUAAGUUAAAGAUUUGACAGGAUGUUGAAAAUAGAAUUGAGGACAUAAACUAGACACUGUACUCAUAUGUUUUGAAAUAUUGUUAGUGUAUUUAACACUCAAACUGUUUUGCAAUGAACACCACAGGUUAAGUUUGUAUUGUGGAUUUCCUGCUAUGUGACAAACGAUUGAUUGAAAUGGCUCCAUGUUGAUAUGAAUACAUUUUAAUUUGACUCUGAUUAAGGCUGCAUUUCCACUUAAAUUUGAGCAAACGUUGCUACUCUUAGCACAAGCUGCAGCCUUAGUCUUUCUUACUAUUGAAUCCAUGAAAACAUUAAGAUUGAGAGAAACAAAAUUAACACUAAUGUGGAGAGUAUGUAGUAUCAUAAUGUAACUAAAAGGUUCGUUUAAUACUUAAUACUUAGAUCAGAAUCAUAGGGACAUGCAUGCCAGCCAGCUCUUAUGUUAGUGCCAUUUGCUGAACAAAGCAAGUCAUCUUUUAUUUAUUUUCAAAUGUCAGAACACUCUUGUCUUAUACUGUCUUAUAUUGAAAUACCCUAUACAUACUGUAUGCCUUAGUAUAAUGCACUAGUGUGAGGUUUUUGUGAAGAUUAUUUCAUUUUACAGUGUUCUGUAGAGGAGGCAAACUGGCUUUUAUUUUGUAUCAUAAUGUAUGUCAAAUGUUUACAUCCACCGAACCCCUGGAUAUUUUAUUUAUUAAAUUAUUUUCCAUGUUCUAUCA